AUGUCCGGACAGAAGCCGUCCCUGCGGAGCGGCUCCCCUCAGAGCCGCUUCCAGGUGGACGUGGUGACGGAGGCGGCGUCCCAGGCCCCCGCGCCCGGCUCCACCGACGGAACCAGGCCUCCCGAGGAGCCCAGGGGCCGGUUCCGGUCGGUGGGCUUCAUGGACUCCACGGCCACGGACAUCGGGAUGCCGCCCGACGUCUCCCACGAGCCGGACACCGCCAAAAGCGACUCCGUCAGCCUCCACUCCACCGGCACCACGCACACGCACAUCUCCGACUCGCACUCCAACACCUACUACAUGCGGACCUUCGGCCACAACACCAUCGACGCCGUCCCGAACAUCGACUUCUACCGGCAGACCGCCGCGCCGUUCGGGGAGAAGCUGACCCGGCCGUCCCUGUCCGAGCUGCACGACGAGCUGGACAAAGAGCCCUUUGAGGAGGGGCUGGCCAAUGGCGAGGAGCCGUCGGCGGCCGAGGAGGCGGCGGCCCUGAUGGCCAAGGAGGCCAAAGGCGGAUCGGUCAAGUUUGGCUGGGUCAAAGGCGUCCUGGUUCGCUGUAUGCUGAACAUCUGGGGCGUGAUGCUCUUCAUCCGGAUGUCCUGGAUUGUCGGACAGGCUGGAAUCGGUCUGACCAUCGCCAUCAUUCUGAUGGCCACGGUGGUCACCACCAUCACGGGCCUGUCCACUUCGGCCAUAGCUACAAACGGCUUCGUACGAGGAGGUGGGGCAUACUACCUGAUCUCCAGAAGCCUGGGCCCAGAGUUUGGGGGCUCCAUUGGUCUCAUCUUUGCCUUUGCUAAUGCUGUGGCUGUGGCCAUGUACGUGGUGGGCUUCGCUGAGACCGUGGUGGAAAUGCUCAACGACGUGGAUGCUCUGAUGACGGACGAGCUCAACGACAUCCGAAUCGUCGGGACUCUGACCGUCAUCCUGCUGCUGGGAAUCUCUGUUGCUGGGAUGGAGUGGGAGGCCAAAGCUCAGAUUGUCCUCCUGGUAAUUCUGCUGGCUGCCAUCGCCAACUACUUCAUAGGAAGCUUCAUGCCAACAGAAGACAAAGAGCCCAAAGGAGUCUUUGCUUACAACACGGCUAUCCUCAUAGAAAACUUUGGUCCAGACUUCAGAGAGGAGGAGACCUUCUUCUCGGUGUUUGCCAUCUUCUUUCCGGCGGCCACUGGGAUCCUGGCUGGAGCCAACAUCUCCGGUGACCUCACAGACCCCCAGUCUGCGAUCCCCAAAGGGACCCUGCUGGCCAUCCUCAUCACAGGCUUGACCUACGUGGGCGUGGCCAUCUCAGCAGGCUCCUGCAUCGUGCGGGACGCCACCGGCGACCACAACGACACGGUCAGCGACACGGUCAACUGCACGGACGCGGCGUGCACGCUGGGCUACGACUUCUCCAUCUGCAAGGAGGGAGGCUGCCAGUACGGCCUGAUGAACAACUUCCAGGUGAUGAGCCUGGUGUCGGCCUUCGGCCCGCUGAUCACCGCCGGGAUUUUCUCCGCCACUCUGUCCUCGGCCCUCGCCUCGCUGGUCAGCGCCCCCAAAGUCUUCCAGGCUCUCUGUAAGGACAACAUCUACCCCGGGCUGGCCGUGUUUGCCAAGGGCUACGGAAAGAACAACGAGCCCCUCCGCGGCUACGUCCUGACCUUCUGCAUCGGCCUGGCCUUCAUCCUCAUCGCCGAGCUGAACAUCAUCGCUCCCAUCAUCUCCAACUUCUUCCUGGCUUCCUACGCGCUCAUCAACUUCUCCGUCCACCGCCGGCCCAAUUACAAGGAGCUGUCCCAGGACUACGCCCGCUGCCAGCGCUGGCUCAGCAAAAAACGCAUCAAGGCUUUUUACGCCGCCGUGUUCGCUGACAACCAGAGACAAGGAGCCCAGCUGCUCCUCCAGGCUGUUGGCCUGGGCCGCCUGAAGCCGAAUACUCUGGUGAUGGGUUUCAAAAACAACUGGAGCGACGGGGACAUGAGGGAUGUGGAGAAUUACAUCAACACCAUCCAUGACGCCUUUGACCUGCAGUUUGGAGUCGUGAUCCUCCGACUCCAGGACGGACUGGACGUCUCUCACAUCCAAGGACCAGACGAGCUGCUGUCGUCCCAGGAAAAGCCUCCGGUGGGCAGCAAAGACGUGUUGAUAUCCGUCGGUCCGGCAAAAGACCCGGACUCCGACUCCUGCCCCUCCAAAACCACCAGCAGCCAGAGCAGCCCGCUCAUCAUCCGAGCCGCAGAAACCAAAUCCCCGCUGAGCCUGGCUGACCAGCGCCUGCUGGACACCAGCCAGCAGUUCAAGAAGAAGCAGGGCAAGGGCACCAUCGACGUGUGGUGGCUGUUCGACGACGGAGAGACGUGCCGCCGCUGCUGCUGGUCCGCGGGAACCACCAGAGCGUGCUCACCUUCUACUCCUGAGGGCCCCGGCCCCCUGACCCCCAACGGCCACGUGCACGCCGGCGCUCGGACCGCGCCGGACCCCAACCCUCAGGAGUGUCCAGGCUCCCCCCGCUGGGAGGACCCGGGGGGGCUGGUUUCUGUGGAGCCUCAGUAA